AUGGCUGACAGUCGAAUAAAUCGACUGUCCCAGCUGCUGGAGUCGCGGAAUCGAGUACUCCGAGGCGAAGCGGCCACGCAAUUGGCUCAAUUCCCCUUGACGAAUGCUGGCUUGGUGCAGAAUUUGAGGAAACAGUUGCAGUCCGCAAGUUGGGAGACCCGCUCGGCAGCUGCGGAUGCGUUGGGGCAUGUGUUGGACAAGUUGAAUUCAAGAUUGGCCAAAAGAUCCUAUGAUUAUUCGAAAUUUCUGCCGCAGACCUUGGACAAGCUGAAUAUUGGGGAGAUUGUCAAACAAUACAACUUUCUUGUCAGGUGAGGCAGCUUUUUAUUACUAUUUCUUCCGUUUUUAGAUACAAUUUCAUUUUUUUUCGACGAUCACAAAUUUGAUGGACUGCCCAACUAAGACAAUGUUUUUAGCUGUGAUGAAACGUCGAUUCCUCUAAAGAAAGGUGUGAAGUUGUCGAAGAAGGAGCAACGGCAGCUGGUGGAUCAACAUUUGGACCUGAAUUUUCGGACUGGCGUCUCCUGUGGGCAAUUCUUGGCGGAUGAAGACCUGGGAAAUGAUGCCUCCAAUGAUUCGAGCUCUUCCGAUGAAAAGAAGAGCGAUCUGAAAGCUGUUCAGUGUGAAUUACCUUCCCCAUCCAAGGUGAAAGCUGAAAUUAAACAAGAAAUGGCGGAAGAGAAGCCGGUGAUAUCAGGAGAAGGGCAAAACGGAGAUCAAGGAGAAGAAGGGUUAGGUGUGGACGAGGAGAAUGUAAGGGAGUUUUGAGGUGCUAAAAUAGCUUUCUAACAUCUUUUUGGGAAAUUUUACAGCUUUUAUUUUGUUUUCGAAGAGUUUCGAGUACCAUAUUAUUUAGUACCAUAUUAUUUUAUAUCUGUUUUUGAGAUCACAUUAGAUCAAAUUUUAGGUCUUCUAUGAGUUUCUAACCCAAGUUCUGACUGAUCUCGCCUCUCCCAAAUGGCAACAGCGGCAUGGAAACGCGAUGGCAGUUGGGAAAAUCGUUCAGAAUGCGUUCAAAAUGUAAAUUUCGAUUUUCUCCACCUAAAGUAAUAUAAUUUCAGUCUGACCCCAGAAGCAACCGAGACAUUGACUGUCCGGAUGAUCUUUGUCUUGUCGCUAGAUAGAUUUAACGAUUUUGUAACCGGCUCCAAUGCAGUUGCACCGGUUCGUGAGGCCAUUGGACAAGGCUUAAGUUUGCUCAUGUUGAAGAUCGGAAUUGACACUCCGCUGGUGUCGGCGUUGAUCAAUCCGCUACGACAGCUGCUUUGUAUGAAGGGGAAUGCUGUGAGUUUAUUUUUUCUCGUUUUGUUCGACUUUUAGGCCUCAAAUUGUCUAAAGUAAUAUCAGACGUCAUGUGUAAUAUAAAAUGGUCACGAAAUGCUAAUGAUUUGCCUUUCAGUGUUGGCAAUGUCGACAGGCGGCCCUUCUGGUCCUCAAAUAUUACUUUAGCAUGUGCGAUUCGGGCGAAAAAUUCUUCGAACUUUUCGAUUUUGUGGUCAAAGCCAUGUAUGACAAGAUGGAUGAAGUGGUCUCAGUAUCGGUCCAUACACUCAGUUCCUUGUUUAAUAAUCAGAAGAUUGACCCUGUAAGGAAGCGGGAUCACAUUGAUGUGGUCAUGAAGAGCGUUUGGUGGAUGCUGAUGGAAAAUGACAGCGAUUCUAUGGUAAAUUUAUAAUUUUUUAAGUGGGAUGUGUGAUUUUUUAGUCUAUUAUGGUGUCUUAUGAUAUUUUUGGGCCGAAAUUGAUCUAAUUGUUAGGAUAGGCAAUAGAAAUUUGAUCAAAUUUGAUUUUUGGUGUCAUGGAUAAUAUAAUUUUUGUUGAGUUGCUUGAUGAAAUUGAUGUUUUUAUAGCAUACAUAGUAUUCUAAGUACGAUAGAAGUAUUGUUUUUUGAUUUUGGAGUGAUGCAAAGACAUAAAUUGUCGUAUUUUACCUAAAGUAAUAUAAUUUUUCUUGAAAUUAUUAAUGAAAUUGGGGUUUUUAUAGCCGUCAGAGCUUUGGGAAGACGAAUUAAUUUUGAUUUUUUGUAUUUUAUAAAAAUUUUUUAUUUGUUGAUAUCGUAUUCUACCUAAGGUAAUAUAAACUUUUCAGCAAAUUAAUGAUGGGGUCUCCUCUUUACUUGUUGAUCUCCUUGGAAUCGUCCAAAAUUGGCUGGUUGUUGUCGAGGAUUCCCAAUUAUCUCAAAUCCAAUUCAAUCAUAUCAUCAGUCUUUUGGAUCCGAGCCAAAUUACAUCCACCAUGAGGACCAUGGAAUGCAUUUGUUUGUCGCUCGGAAAACAGAACGAUUUCACUCCAAUUGUACGUCAAAACGGGUCAAAAUUGUCGAUUUGGGGAUUUUUUUUUUGAUUAAUUUUUUAUUUUCCGAAAUAUUUUUUGAUUAAUUUUUACAAGGAAAGUACUUUUAUGGGGCAUGGAGUGUCAAUAUCCAUGGAAAUAUGAGGGUCGCACUUUGAGCCCUUUUUUCUCUAACCGUCUCCUUAAUUCGCAAAGUGUCUCGUUCGCGAAGACCGUUGAAUAUCUUCGCGGAGAUUGUAAAACAAAAGCUAAAAUUUUUAGCACUUCAUUUAUGGCCUAGACAGGGGUUAUGGUCCAAAUUUCAAAGAAAUCCGACAUCCGAAGGUCGAUAAAUUACUGUAUCUCCAAAAAAUUUUAACAAGGAAAGUACUUGUAUGGGGUAUGGAGUUACAGGCCGAGUCAUAAAUCAAAAAAUCGCAAGAUUUUUCUGAUUCAGAAUAUGUAAAAAUUAGCUGCCCAAUUUUGGUUUGUAUGGGCGAAAAAAACCCUCAGAACUUUUCUCUCGCAACACCACGCAAAUGCCCCUUUUUUACAUUGGAACUGCUAAUUAAGGUGUAGUAUUAAUCAAAUUUGAUAUUUUAAGGCUUUUCAAGAUGCCAGGGUUUACUUUAGCUCAAAACAAAGCUUUUGAAUUGAUAAAAACUUGGUCAAAAAGGCAUCAAUUCAAAAGCUUUGUUUUGAGCCAAAGUACAAUGGGGGACCUGAUCCAGUGGCAAAAAAACUUUCCAUUUUGCAUCCAGAAAGUAUCAAAAAUAUGGCAAAAUGCUUCCCUCUCCAAGUGAAAAAGCCCGAUUUCAAAAGCGCGCCCACUUUUUUUUGAGGGAAAGGGCCUUCAAAACGCUGUUUUUUCGCUUGGAGAGGGAAGCAUUUUGCCACAUUUUUGAUACUUCCUGGAUGCAAAAUGGUGUAUUUUUUGCCACUGGAUCAGGUUCACUGUAAACCCAGACAUCUUGAAAAGCCUUAAAAUAUCAAAUUUGAUUAAGUCUACACCUUAAUUAGUAGUUCCAAUGUAAAUUUUCGUGGUGUUGCGAGUGAAGUUCUGAGGGUUUUUUUCACCUUACAAACCAAAGUUAGGCAGCUAACUUUUACAUAUUUUGAAUCAGAAAAGUUUUGCGAUUUUUUGAUUUAUGUCUCCACCUGUAACUCCAUACCCCAUAUAAGUACUUUUUUUGUUAAAAUUUUUUGGAGAUACUGUAAUUUAUCGACCUUCGGAUGCCGGAUUUCUUUGAAAUUUGGACUAUAACCUCUGUUUAGGCCAUAAAUGAAGUGCUAAAAAUUUUAGCUUUUGUUUUACAAUCUCCGCGAAGAUAUUCAACGGUCUUUGCGAACGAGACACUUUGGAAAUUAAGGAGAAGGUUAGAGAAAAAAGGGCUCAAUGUGCUACCCUCAUGUUUCUAUGAAUAUUGACACUCCAUACCCCAUAGAAGUACUUUCCUUGUAAAAAUUAAUCAAAAAAUAUUUUGGAAAAUACAAACCAAAAUUGGGCAGCUAAUUUUUACAUUUUCUGAGUCAGAAAAAUUUUGCGAUUUUUUUGAUGUAUGUCUCGACCUGUAACUCCGUACCCCAUAUAAGUACUUUCCUUGUCAAAUUUUUUUAUUUUUCGAAGUCUUUUUUGAUUAAUUUUUAAAAAAAAUCGUAUUUUAGCAAAAAUUCAAUCUCAUCAAAAUGCUGUACAGAUGCCUCCUUUUCGUCCAACCCAGCGACUCGAAACGUGUCAUAGACCUGGUCUUCUCAACCCUCAUGAAGCUGAUCUCAACCACACCCGAAGCCGAGCUGGCAGCAAUCCCGGAACUCCAGAAUUCCAUCGGAUAUUGGGUCGGAUGCCUGACCUACGACAUAAAAAGCUCGGAAAUUGGUGGGUAAAGGGUUUUUCGGAGGGAAAUGGAAGGUGUGUUUAGGUAAAAUACGGAAUAAAGUGGAGUUUAGGUCCUAAAUUGUUUUUCUCCACCGAUUUUUUCUUGGAAAAUGACGGAUUUCGCCAUUGAAGGUGGAAAUUUUUGGAUUUUGAAAAAAUUUUUGGAUUUUGAAAAAAUUUUUGUUGAUUUUUGCUCAUAAAAUGAUUGGAAUAGGAGGUAUGUUGGUUAUUGUGAAUUUUUAUGGCCUUGAAGCGGCACAAAUCAGCGAUUUUAUGCCAAAAAUUUUUGAGAAAUUGGCUUCGGAGACCGAAAUUUCUUGAAUUUGAGGGAAAAUACUCAAUUUUUUGGCAGUUUUUUUUUGAAAAAGGCUUGUAUUUUAUAGUGCUCGAUUGGGGUUAUGUUUUUUCAUCGGAUUUGAGCGAUUUUUUAGUGGAAAAUGGAAAAAAUUGGUUUUUAGCUCAAAAUUCCUGUAACUUUAAGAAUUUUUGGAAUUUUGAGUGGAUUUUUGUGUCAUUAAAAUCGGAAGAGUCUGUAUUUUAUUAUGUAUUUAUGGAGAUUUUAUUAUAGAAGCAAAAAUUUUUGGCGAAAUUUCGAUUUUUUUUUUUUUUUUUUUUUUGAAAUUUCCAAAUUUUUGUUCAAAAGCACACUUCAGACGUCUUUCUCCACAACGUGAAUGGUCCCUCAUCCUCGGUUCAAAAUUCGAAGGAGCUUUUGUGCGGCGACGAACUCCGAUUCCUCGACGAAAAGCCGAAACACAACGCAUUUAUGGACCGGAAAUGUUUCGCCGCCCGAUUUCUCUCCCCAAUUAUUGACACUCUCUACAGAUCCAACGUCCAAAUUCAAGAUCAGCCCCUUUAUUUGUCUCUACAACUCCAUUUCAUCCCGUAUUUGCGAAGCAACUCGCUUUAUCAGCGAAUGGGCGUGGCUUUGAUGCUGAAUUGUUGGUCCAGGAUGUUUAGAAGGGCGUUUAAUGCCCAAAAACAGCAGGUAGUUGAACAAUAAUUUUUCAAAAAAUUUUUUUGAAUAUUUUACAGCGGGUUUUUCCCCCUAUUUUCGCUUUAAAAUGACGUAUUUGUCAAUUAGAAGAAAGCUGCACUGUGCAGUGAAGACCGCACAGUGCAGUCUGUAUUAUACCGCACUGUGCAGUUAACCCUUUCUUUCUGCACAGUGCAAUCCCGAAAUUCCCUUUUGCACCGUGCGAAAAUUUGUCGCUCGAUCAUUCAAAAACAAUGCAAACGCGAACUCGCUGCACUUUUUUCUCGAUUUCGCACUGCAAGAAGAGCGACAAAAAACGCACAGUGCGUUUUGUGCGGCAAUUUUUGCACUGUGCAGUGAACACUUCCUUUCUGCACAGUGCAAACGCGAAGUUCCCUUUUGCACCGUGCGAAAAUUUGUCGCGCGAUCACUCAAAAAUGAAAUGAUUUUUUGUCCGUCAUUGUGCACUGUGCGAAAACAGCGACUUUGCACAGUGCAAUCCCGAAAUUCCCUCUUGCACCGUGCGCCAAUUUGUCGCGCGAGAAUUCAAAAACGAAAUGAAUUUUUCUGUCUCUCCCUCACAGUUUCGCACUGCAAAAAGAGCGACAAACAAAUGCACAGUGCAAUCCCGAAAUUCCCUUCUGCACCGUGCGAAAAUUUGUCGCGCGAUCACUCAAAAACGAAAUGAUUUUUUGUCCGUCAUUCUGCACUGUGCGAAAACAGCGAGUUUGCACAGUGCAAACGCGAAAUCGCUGCAUUUCCUCGCUGUUUCGAACUGCAAAAAGAGCGACAAAUAAACGCACAGUGCGUUUUGUGCGGCAAUUUUUGCACUGUGCAAUGAAAAAAUGAGUUGUUGGAGUUGCACAGUGCGACAGAAAAAAGGAGAGGAAAAUGUGCGCACAGUGCGGUGGGAAAAGUAAAGUUUGAUUUCGCACAGUGCAAAGGAAGAAUGGGGUUUGCACGGUGCGAAAGGUUGAAAAAAUGAUUUUGCACGGUGCGAAAGGAAAAAAGAUGAAUUUGCACGGUGCGAAAAGUAAAAAAAUGAAUUUGCACUGUGCGAAAGGUAAAAAAUUUGUUUUGCACUGUGCGAAAGGUUGAAAAAGAUGAAUUUGCACUGUGCGAAAGGCAAAAAAGAUGAAUUUGCACGGUGCGGAAGGCAAAAAAAGAUGAAUUUGCACGGUGCGGAAGGCAAAAAAUGUGUUUUGCACGGUGCGGUCAGAUUUUUUUUUGACUUUUUUUCUGUAGAAAGUAAUUUUUUGCACUGUGCAAAAAGUUGCGAAGUGAAAUUUGAUUCGAAAUUUUUUAUUUUUUCAGCAAUACCCGACAUUAAUUGUCGCGGAAUUGGAAAGGUUACUCCUUGAAGCCCCAACUCGCCCACCCUACGACGAACCGGCCACAAUGAUCAAGUCAUUAACCGCCGAAUGCAACGAAUUUCGACGUCAUUGCAUCCAAAAAGGCGUCCCUCACGACAAGUGCCCCGGAAUUGACCCACAAACCAAUGUCGAUGAGGCCAUAAAUGCCAUGUACAAUAUGUGCAAACCCUGUCUGAUCAAACAACAGGACCUUGACGCCCUAGAGGGACGGAGGAAAUACCUAAUUCAGAUGACGGAAGCCACAAGAUUUCAGAUUUUGACCAAUAAUAAUCGACUGAACGCACUGUGCGCCUCGACUUUGUUUUAUUUUGGCCACUGCUUGCCCCAGAUGACGCCCAUGAUCAAACCAUUGAUUGACGCGUUGAAUACGGAGGAUAAUGAGCUCAUCUCCGAGGAGAUUUUCUAUGACAGCUUUACAAUUUUGUUCAGCGUCACGCUGGAACGAAACCCAUGCCCCCAUCCAAAGGUCCUAAAACAACUUUCGAACGGACUCAUAGAGGAUAAAACCUUCAUUCCAAAAACGAAACAACUCGAAUCGGAUCAAAUUAUCUCCACCUCGAACCCACCACCGGCCCCGGUCACCAUCAGAGCCAAAAAUUGCGAAAUUGCCCUCAGGAAGUAUGCAGAACAAUUAGGUCAAAUCUCAACGCAAAUCUGCCCAAAUAUCGCGGAAUUUUUGAAAUUAAACCAGAAUUUGAAUGAUGAAACAGAGCUGGAGGUGUUUUUAACCAACCUUGAGUUCAUCCGGAUAUUAUCCAUGCCCAUGGGACAUCAACCGAAACCCGAAGAAAUCGCGAUUUUGAAGAUCGCCUUAGGCCAUACCGAUCCGGCUGUGAGAUUUCGGACUGCCAGGUGUAUCACAGAGCUGGCUGUCGCGGAUCUAGCAUUUGUACUGAACAAUUUUUUUGAGGAAGUUCGAAAAUUCUCGGAUCAGAUCGAUAGCAGUGAAAAAAGAGCGGGCGCAGUCGAAUUUCUGGCCAUUUUGGUCGCGAAAUUGGACCCCAAGGUCUUAAUAACGGCCGCUUCGUUGCUAGCCCCAUUGGCGUUGAAGAUGAUCACGGAUCAAGUUGAAGCAAUCAGAGAGCUGGCAGCUCUGGCGUUUGGGAAAUUGGUGGCCCUACUACAUCUUGAAGCGGUAGGAAAUUGUUUGAAAUUGAUUUGAGAACUUUUUGAGGGGUUUUGAAGACGUUUUUGAAACUUUUUGAAGGAAAAUCUGGAAAAAUGCGUAAAAAUUGAGUUUUUGCUGCCUAAAAUUGAGAAAGUUAGUUGGAAAUGGAGUGGAAAAUAAAUUUCAACUUGUUUUGAAGUAAUUGUAUGUAUUUUACCCGAGGAAAAACGGAUGAAAAUGAAGGAAUUUAGUCUUUUUUAGCAGCUGCUCCACCCAUUUUCCACUGAAAAAGUUUCGAAACAAAAAAUGAAAGGCGGUGAGAGUGUGCAUUGGUGGUUCAGUGGUAGAAUGCUCGCCUGCCACGCGGGCGACCCGGGUUCGAUUCCCGGCCAAUGCAAUUUGCUUUUUCCUUUGAAUUUCGAUGUUUUUUGAAUUGGACGGAAUAAUUUUUGAGUUGAUAGGGAUAUGUUGGGGAUGAGUGACGUUAGUUUUGUUGUUUUUGAUCAGUUUUUGUUAGAUUUAUUAGGAUUUUUUAGGAUACCGAGCCAUUGAUGACCCGCCUCACCCCCGAAUUGCAAAUUGAACUGGAGGAGUCGAAGGAUUUUGUCAACGUCCUCAGCCAACCUUCUAAACUGCCUGCACUGACGCAAGAACAAGUUCCCGGACUCAAACCAUCGAUCAAAUUGAGAGCAUAUCAACUGGAAGGAAUAACAUGGAUGAGGUAUGAGGAAUAUUUUUAUUGGGGUGGAAGAUGAUUUUAGAGUGAAAUUAAUUGAAUUUCCUGUGAUUUUAUGGGAUUUUACUAUUUUUUGACAUGAAAAAAAAUUUGGAAAAAUUUGAUUUUUUUUUUGAAUUUUUGAUUUUUUGAAAUUUUUGAGUAUUUUUGAUGACUGAGAUUGAUUGAGGAAUAUAUUUGAAGACGUAUUUUACUACUUAGUUUGAUUUUUCAUCUUUUAAUUUGCAAAAAUUUCAAAAAAAUUCAAAUUUUUUGUCAUGGAUAAUAUAAUUUUUUCAGAUUUCUCUCCCGUUUCGGGCUGAACGGAAUCCUGGCCGACGAUAUGGGCCUGGGAAAGACGAUUCAAACCCUCUCGGUCCUAUCUCUUCAUCGAAAAACCUCCCCUCGAUAUCCAUCUUUAAUAAUUUGCCCCCGAACUCUGACCAAUCAUUGGUGCAAUGAGUGGCGAAAUUACUUCCCCAACGAAAAGCCAAUGCAUCGAGUGGAGGUGGACGUGAAGAUUCUCCCAAAUUCGGAUGAAAUUGUCGUCAUGUCCUACGAGGAAUUGAGGACAAACGCAAAAAGAUUCAAGUGGGUCAUGGAUAAUAUAAAUUUGAUGUUUUGGCGGCGAAAUUGGUGGAUUAUUUGAUAGGAAUUGAUGUUUUUAGAUGGUUGGAGACAUUUUGAGACAUUUUUUGUGAUUUUUUUGGAAAUUUGAAAAAAAAAAUUUUUUUGAUUUUUUCAAAUUUUUUGAUUUUUUUUUUGAAAUUUUUGCUAUUUUUCAGCGACUUCCCAUGGAAAUUCCUGGUCCUGGAUGAAGGCCAUUGCAUCAGAAACCCGAACACAAACCUCUUCGAAGCCAUUAUGACCCUCAAAGCGAAGCACAAAUUACUUUUAUCAGGUACCCCGGUUCAAAAUUCCCCGGCCGAUCUUUGGGCACUCUUCAAAUUCCUAAUGCCCGGAUAUUUAUUCACUCGACAGCAGUUCCAACAACGAUUCUUGAAACCGAUUUUGGCAUGCAGAAACCCAAAGGCAUCCGAGGAACAGACGAAAGUAAGAAAUUUUGGUUUUUUUGGAUUUUUUUUUUUGAUUUUUUUUUGGAAUUUUGGGAAUUUUUGUGGUAGAAAAGGAAGAUUUGGGGGUUAUAAAAGGAAGAUGAGAAAAUUUAUCGAAUUUUUGAAUUUUAAAAUAGCAAAAAAUUGAAGAAAAAUGGAGGUUUUUUGGGAAAAUCGGAAUUUUUUUGAAAUAAAAAUUUUUUUCCGGGUAAAAUACGUAUUCUUAGGGUAUGAAAUCUUUUAAAUAUUACUAGAUUUUCGUUUGAGACCUCAACUUUUUCUUGACACCUCGAUUUCAAUAAAAAAUCUUCAAAAAAUAGGCUAAAACAAUAUAACUCUUUGAAAAAUCAUCAAAAAUAACAUGAAGUCCCCAUUUUCAGCAAGGCGAAGAGUCCCUCCAGCAACUGCACCGCCUGAUCUUGCCCUUUGUGAUGCGCCGCCUCAAGACGGACGUGCUGAAGGAGCUGCCGGACAAGGUGGUUCAGGACUGGGUCUGUCAACUAACCGAGGCCCAAAAACGGAUCUACCAAGCAGUGGUGGACCGCUGCUCUCUGGUGAAGAAAGAGAACGAAACAGAGGUGGAGAAGAAACGACGAUUGUCCCCAUUGCACACACUCAUCGCCCUCAGGCAGCUCGUCGAUCAUCCGGUCUUGAUUAAUGAGGUCCUGAAGAAAAUUGAAUACAGGACCCGGGAAUACGAUCCAAAUGGACAGAUGGACUAUGUAGGUGGUAGAUGGAGAAGCCUGUUGGAGAUUGGGUUAGAAAAAGUCGCGAAAGAUUGAGGUUGAAAUGAGAUUUUGAUCAAAAUUUUAAGACUACUGCCAAAAAAGAGAAUUUUUGGAAGAUCCAGAAAAUGCGUCAUGAUGACGCAUUUAAUUUGAGAUACAUUUUUUUUCAAUAGCUAAAUUGGAGUGUCUAUCAAAGUUGGAGUUGAAUUUGAAUACAAUUUUCAUUGUUUUAGGCCAUGGAAUUGAGCGGAAAAAUGAUGGCUCUAAAGGAGAUCCUCCAGGAGUGCCAAAUCGGCGACUCGGAAGACAAAGCCCCACUUGAUGAUGGAAAUACACCCUCUACAAGCGAUGUGCUAGAAGGUAGGAGGAUUUGAAGACGAUAUUAGGCUGUUUUUAUAAUUUUUUUGACAAUUUUUGUCAAGUGUAAUAUAAAUUUUUGAAAAAUUUUGAGGAUUUAUAAAGAAAAACUGUUAAUAAUAGUCUGAAAUUGGAUUUAAUGCUUCUAAAAUACGGAUUUCAGACCUGCCCGCCCUCACACAGCACCGCGCCCUCAUCUUUUGCCAAUGGCGAGCAUCCAUCGAUUUGGUCGCCAAAUACAUUGAUGAUGCGUCGCUGGGCGAGAAUAUCAAGUACUUGCGGCUGGAUGGGACUGUCGCACCGAAUGAUAGACAAGCGGUCGUGGAUAGGUUUAAUAAUGACCCUACAAUCGACUUGCUAUUGGUCACAACUCAUAUCGGAGGCGUUGGACUGACGCUGACUGGCGCGGAUGUGGUGAUUUUCUUGGAUCAUGACUGGAAUCCUGUCAAGGACUUACAGGUCAGUGAUUUUGAAGGUAUUUGGGGGAGAUUUGGAUAUUUUUUGAACGAUUUUUUGAAAAAAUUUGCUUUUUUUGGAGGUUAAGGCAGUAUAAGAAAAAGUGUAAAAAUAUCGAAGAUUUAUAGAGGGAGGUGGAUGAAAUUGAGCAUGAGCACUCUUAGAGGGGCCGUUUAUGUUGUCAGAGAAGGAUUUUUGAUAUUCACCCUCAGGGCAUGAAAUAUAGAUGUUUUAAUUUUUCGGAUUUUUUUGAGGAGUAGGUUUUAAAAUUGAUUUUUCUCAUUGAUCCGACCCUGGAAUUUGAUGAAAUUAGAGAAUUAGCACGUCCAUUAAGCCAUUCAAACAUUUUGGGAAGAAUUUUUAAUUUAUCGCCUCAGGGUGAAAAGAUAUUGGACCUCGAAAAUUUCAGAUUUUUUGAGAUUUUUUGGAGUCAUUGGUCAAAAAAGGCGUAAAUUUUUAUAGGUAAAAGUUUUUUUUCAGAAAAUUUACGUCGUAUUUUAGGCAGUGGAUCGUGCCCAUCGUCUUGGCCAGACGAAAACUGUCCAAGUUUUCCGACUGAUUACGCAAGGCUCGAUUGAAGAGAAAAUCAUGCAAUAUCAGAAGUUCAAGACGGACACUGCUAAUGUAAGUUGACUCAGAAUGUCGAGAAAAACAUGAGCUUUUAAUUUUUGGUAAAUUUUUUGACGAUUUACAGGGAAAUUUGCUAUUUUUUGAGCAAAAAUUGUUGAAAAUCCCCAUUUUUUGAGGAAUUUGGUUGUAAAACAAUGUUUUGUAGCAAAUUUCAACGAUAUCUUUGUCUUUAGGCCCUUGUCGGAGCAGAUAAUCGAUCAAUUUCAUCAAUGGCAACCGAUGAAUUACUUGAACUCUUCAAUUUGGCCGAAUCCGAGACCUCCAAACCCUCCGAACCAGCUCCAAAGAAAAAACGCGUUGCCAAGGAGCAGGCGGACCCAGCGAACCCAACGGAAUGGUCGAUGGAAGACCUCUGGGACUCCUCACAAUAUGAAGAAAAUCAUUCGAUUCAAGAAUUCAUGAAAAACGCGCUAUAG